AUGGCGUCCGCGCGAUCUCUGGGCCUCCACGAACCCUCAGCCGUCCCUUACCUGGUCACAGAGGGCAUUCUUCCUCCGGAUCCAUCAGAUGACCAAUACAAAUGGUCGACAAGUGUGGAUGAUAGCGGGCUGACUGGCCCCGUGGACGAUGAGCUGGUGUGGACGAAGCAUUGUGUGGUAUGGUCCCGCGCAGGGAUAGUGAAGAGAGUCUUCCGGCUCGACCCCGAGAAAGAGGAGAUUCGGCAUGCUUUGUUUACCUACUUCGCGGCGGGAAGAAUCAAGCGCUCUGGUCGAGACGUCAUCAACCAAGUGUCGGGCGCGCGGGGAGGUGGGCAGGCCCAGCGAUCUCGGAAUCAGCAAUUGGCAAGCUCGGGCUCGACGUUGGAUUUGCAUGGAGAUACGCGAGUCGCGGUUGUUGCACCCCAAAAAGCCAACGACAAGCUCUCCCGGGCGUUAGUGGUGGUCCUUAAGUCGCAAGCCCAUAUCUUUUUCGUUGCGGGCAACAGCCACACCGUUCCUCUUCCAUUUGAGGUCGAUACUGUUUUUGCAACUCCUCGGGGACUUAUAUUCCAGAGAAAGGUCCCGGAAGACCAUGAGGCACGCCAGCACCCAACCGCGCCUCCCAAUUCCUUCAUGUCCGCCUCUCUAUUCGAUCCCCGUGCUUCUCAAUCUUCUACCACCAAAAGCAAGCGUCCAUCUUUGAAAAUCUCGUCUGUUCAAGGGCCCGCGUGGGUGCCAAAGCCCAGUUCAAGCGCUGACCUCCCCCGGGUGUUUUCUCUGAUCAACCCUCAUUCGGAAAUGGGCCUCGUGGUGACUUCGCAGGCGUCGUCUAGUUGGCUGCAAAGCAGUGUCAGCAGUACGGGUCGAAGACCGUCAGGGCCAUCUGUGCUAGAUUCAUCAGAUGAAAUUGUCUACAUCUCCCAAAAAGACGAACUCCCAAAUUCUGCUCAAUUCUCAACGAGCGUUCCUUUGAUUCUAGUGGUCACCUUGAACACAACUACAGGGCUCUAUACGAUAUGGACUGCCCGAUAUAGAGACGAUGACUUCGAAGCCUCAUUAAAAGAAAAGUCCAGGCGAGAGACGGGAGGUACUCGAUCGAAGAGGCGAAGCUCGCAUUUCGGAAUGGCUACCGGCGCAACCACACCCGCCGCUCGAGGACCACGGGAGAGCUUUGGGGCCUGGCCAGAGUCCCGUAAUGCGUCCCACCAAACUGAGACGAAACUUGACGAAGAUGAUCUGGCUUCACGGGUAGCACAGGACUUUGGCGAUGUCGGGCUGCCCCUCAAGACAUCAAGACGGGUCAGCUCAUUGCUUGCACGCACCGAUCUAGCGACCAGCCAGGAUCGGAUUACAUUUUCAGACCUUGCCACUGGAAGCCAGUCAAGCACUAUGCCCCAUGGUGGCCCCAGACAGUCCAUGGGAGGCGCGAGCACCCGUGCAAGCUUUGGUUUCAAUCCUCGAGGCUCGUUACCCCCUGCAACUGGCUCUGUCUAUAGUACUGUGGGUAGCUUCGCAGAUGCCCCCGUUGAUAGACUACUUGAGGAGCUCAACAAUGACGUUCUAUCGGAGGGGCUUGAGAACAUUGCCCUUCGAGAAUCAACGUCCGGCCUACCAGAGGAACUGUUGUUGUCCAAAGUGGACAGCUUCUCGUCCAGAUUCUCCGCGAACUUUCAUUCCUCCACUCAGCAAACGUCCUCGCGCCGCUUGAAGGUCUCGACACUAUCUUCUAUGGACUAUGGAAAUGCGCAAAACGGAAACGCUGCGUUUGUGGCGGUCUGCAUAGUGGACCAAUCCUCCCGAAACAUGACUGUCGUGAAUUUGCGAGCAGACCGUGUGGCUGCAUCGAAACAGCGAAAAAAGCGGCAGCGGCCACUUCUGGUGCACUCAGCAGGCAUCCAACAUGUUCCCAGCGUAUUGGAUGCCCGCAAGGUCUUUGAUGGAGACAUCUCCAGAAUCCUAACUCUGAGUGUGUCCGACAAUGGCCAGCGUGAAUUGUCCCUACAGACCCCUUGGGGAAGUCCAACGAAAAUCGAUAUUCCUUUGCCACUGCAGAUUUAUGAGCCACAUGGAAUCUCGGCAACUAAGAUUGUAAAUCGUCCGAGGGAGAGUGGCGUCAACAGAGUCCUGGCAGACCCCGGCCUUGUUUUCAUCGAGCUUGACCACGAUUGCUCGAGGGGCAAGGUCGAUUUGGUGGACAGUGACAAGCAACGGCACCGGCUCCAGAUCCAAAUGGAGCCUCGCAACGAUCUGGUGAAGAAGAUCCUGCGAGUCUGCAAAUUCGUCCUGCGUGACUCGGAGAAGGCUGGCGAUGGCAUGCUAGUGGCCUGGUGGGAAGUAUACAAGUGGCUUCAGGGCAGAGAAGAGAUCAUAGACAAUCUAGAAUGGACUGCCAUGGUGGUCGUGUUAUUUUCAUUGGCCAUUCCAUUCAUCAGCCACGCCCAGCCCCAGACGCCAGCCAAGCGGAUGCGCAGGAAGAAAGGUCUGCUCCGGUCGAGCAGUGGCAGUUACGUUGAUCUGGAAAGCUGGGAAGCGAUGCUUGACCUGGAAUCCGGAUCAUCUGGUGUUGUGGCACCAUGGAUGAUGGAAAGUUCUUGGGGGUGGAUCGUUGAACAAGACGCGAUUGAGGACCUGGCUGCACGCGAUGCGUCCCGGACACCGAAGGCAGAACAGCCCAAUGCAAGCCGGUCAACCUAUCGUCACAAUUCUUACUUGCUCCGAUGCAUAUCGCUGUGUCGUGAAUUCCUCCAGAGUCCGAGGGGCUCCAAAGCCACCGAUCGUGAAGGAUAUUUACCCAUCUCCGGAGCUUUCUCUGAGAACACGAGACGCACAUCGCUUUGUACAUUGCUGGUUGGCUUGCACCUUCUCCGUGAAGAACAGAAGCUCUCCAUCGGUGACUCUGAGGGGGCACAGCGACCAUUGGGUCUUCUAGCCCCUGUCCUUGCACAAAUUGGCGGCUGGCUGGGCUGGCGGUCAUGGAAAUGGACCGAGGAUGCUUACUUCGAUUUCCUCGCUCGAUGUCCCCCACGAACCUUUUACCCCCCAUCAAUAUUCACAUUUCUCAUCGAUGCCGCGGACCAAUCUUCCUCGAAUUUCAUCACCCUUCUCGACCUCAUAAAUGCACCGGAUCGAGCUCCUAGGAAAGGACGAAUGUGGCGAGAGUGCUUCAACCUCACCCCAAAAACCUUGGCGUUGAAAUGCUUCUUCUCCGAGAUACCGAAUGCGUCGACGCCGUUGGAAAAGGUUAGACUAUUACACCGAUGGGGUCUCACCAAGAGCAUUAUCGAUACGUUCCCUGAAGGUGUUAGCGCACCACUAUAUGAAGCUGUCAUGCGGUGCCAGAUGGACGCUUCAACCUCCUGGAAUGCAACACUUCUGGAACUGAUCGACCGGGAGGACCUCUACAUGUCGAUGAACUCUGCCAAUACCCAUUCGCUAGCAACUUCGCAACAACCAUCCCUUUCCCAUGAUGCCGUGCGAGACUUCCAUCUCAUUAGCACGUCGGCCCUGGACAUCGACACCAUCAGCGCCUUUGAAGCCUCCGCGGAAGCUGAUCGGUUUUCAGUCACAAGAUUGAUUUUCCGGGAGGACAAGCGCUUCAUCGAAGCUGCCCGCCUGCUAAACCAAUCCAAAGCUCCCGUGGCUGAGUGUGUUCCCGAGGCAGAUUGGUCCGACGCGGACCUGUUAGAUGCGCAGAAAGAGCUUGUGCAGUUGGUGACCUUUAGGACAUUGUCAACUCCCGCGGGCCGUGCUAUGCUUUCCUUUAGUGGUCGACUGCCUCUGUUGACUGAGAAGCUGCCAAUCCCGUCCUUCUCCCUGCAAUGUGUUAUGAAGCCGUCCAACGUGACCAUCAGCGCCGAAAGGUCCGCAUUCACGGAAGAAAAAGUGUGCUGGGCCUUCUUUCACAACGGAGUAUCCACUGGCCUGGCUAUCUCCAAAGCGUCCAAGGGGAUCGAUACCUCGUGGAUCCUCUUCAACAAGCCUCAGGAUCUCACCAACCGCCAUGCGGGUUUCCUGCUUGCCCUGGGUCUGAACGGUCAUCUCAAGUCUCUGGCCAAGUGGGUUGCAUUCAAGUACCUUACGCCAAAGCACACCAUGACAUCCAUCGGUCUUCUUUUGGGUCUAUCUGCUUCAUAUCUGGGCACGAUGGACACACUAAUCACACGCCUGUUGUCUGUGCACGUUACAAGAAUGUUGCCAAUCGGUGCAGCAGAACUCAACUUGUCUCCUUUAACGCAAACUGCCGGGAUUAUGGGGAUCGGACUGCUUUUCUGCGGCUCUCAGCAUCGACGGAUGAGCGAAGUCAUGUUGUCAGAGAUUGAGAACAUUGAACAAGAUGAACAGUCCACCUCUCAAGAGGAUCUCCGUGAUGAAGGAUAUCGCCUCGCCGCAGGAUUUGCACUGGGGCUUAUAAACCUGGGCAAGGGUAACGAUUUACGCGGAAUGCGUGACAUGCACAUUGUCGAGCGACUGUUGGCCGUUGCAGUUGGUACCAAGAACGUUGAUUUGUCUCAUGUUCUCGACCGUGCCACGGCCGGUGCCACGAUUGCACUCACUAUCAUCUUCAUGAAGACCAACGACUCGGUGCUAGCCCAGAAAAUCGACAUCCCUGACACCACGGUACGUUUUGACUAUGUGCGGCCAGACCUUUUCCUUCUGAGGACCUUGGCGCGGCACCUCAUUAUGUGGGAUAGCAUUCGACCUACCACCGACUGGAUCAGCCAGAGUCUGCCAAAGGUGUACCGGCGACGAUCGCGCCUUUCAGGUGUUCGCCAGCUGCGUAGCGAAGACAUGCCUUUCUUCAACAUCAUUGCGGGACUCUGCUUCACCCUGGGUCUCCGCUACUCUGGCUCUGGCCAUGGGCCAGCACGGGAUCUGUUGCUGUUCUACCUCGACCAGUUCCUCCGCAUCUCGCGUUUACCAGCCCUGAAUUACGAUAGCAAGCUCGCGCGCAACUCUGUUCGGAACUGUCAGGACAUUGUUGCCUUGGCCACCUCCACGGUCAUGGCCGGCACAGGCGACUUGGCCCUUUUCCGGCGUCUGCGCUCGCUUCACGGUCGCAUUGAUGCCGAUACAUCCUAUGGCAGCCACAUGGCGGCACACAUGGCAAUCGGGAUGCUCUUCCUGGGCGGAGGCAGCUACACGCUUGGAACAUCCGACCUGGCCGUAGCCUCGCUCCUCUGCGCUUUCUAUCCGAUCUUCCCAACCACCGUGCUCGACAACAAGUGCCAUCUCCAAGCCUUCCGGCAUCUCUGGGUCCUCGCCGCAGAACCACGUUGCCUGGUCCCGCGUGACCUCGACACCCGGCGUCCGAUCUCUAUCCCCAUCACCAUCACUUCGCACGACGGCGCCAUCCGCACCCUUACCGCACCUUGCCUCCUCCCAGACCCUACGAGCAUCAGUCACAUCGAAGUCUGCGGUCCAGACCACUGGCCAUUGGUCCUUGAAUUCAGUCAGAACGACGCCCUGCGAGAAAAAUUCCGGCAUGGCGAUCCCUCCAUCUACCUCCGUCGCAAAGCUAUUCACAGCGCCUCGGGUUCCUCCUCCAUUUUCUCCUCUACCCUUACAGGUCUCAGCGAAGCUCAGGAUAUCCUCCCCUCCACUGCUGGUGCCUCGGCUAAAUUCAAGGGCGCUCCGCCGUCCGCUUGGCCGAACCGCACUGCUUUACUUUCCGGUUCUGAAUCCAGCUCUGCUGCUACAACCACACCCUCCCAGUCCCCCUGGGACUGGAUCUUCCAGCUCCCUUCCCUCUCGGGUCUAGAUAUCCGCGAACGCUCGCUAGUCCUCCCAUCUUCCUUCCCCACUCGCGCGCCGCGCAUUGCAACAGACCCGAGCUCCGCGCCGCCCUGGCUCCGUACCUCGGCUAUCGAUGCCAGACUUGCUCUGUCUCAGAUAGUGCGCAACAUUAUGCAAUCCGCGCGCGGCCGUGGUGCUGAUCCGGACCAAGUCCGUGAUCGCAUCUGGCAGUUACGGCUUCUAUUUGACUGGCUCGAUCGAUCUUCGCCUGCUGCUGAGAACGGUGCAGAUUCGCUCUCGUCGUCAUCCUCUGCAGCACAGCCGCCUGGUCUUUGGCUAAGAAGGGACUUCGUUGAGGAGGCGAGGUGGUUGAUUUGGGGGGUGCAGGUUGGGGAUUCGGAUGGGCCGGUGUCAACUCUUACAUGA